AUGCAUUUUGAAUUGAAAAACAUUUAUAUGAACUUUGAGAAUAAAGGGGAGAAAUUACAGCAAGCAUUAAACGAGUAUAAAGAAGCUAUCAGAAUUAAUCCAAAUAAUGCAUCUGCAUACAAUGAAAUAGGAGAUAUCUUCUUUAAAGAAAAAAGAAUAGGAGAUGCAAUAAAACAUUACAAUGAUGCAAUUAGAAUCAAUCCAAACGAAGCUCUUUAUUAUAGAAAUAAAGGAGCUGCUCUAGAUGAGUUAGGCAGAAGAGAAGAAGCUAUUGAAUGCUAUAAAGAAGCUAUUAAAGUUGAUCCAAAUUAUACACAUGCAUACAAUAAUAUAGGAAUUAUUUUAGAAAAUGAAAAGAGAUAUGAAUUAGCAGUACAACAUUUUAACGAGGCAAAUAGAAUCAACCCAAACUGUGCAAUUUAUUAUUCAAAUAAAGGAUAUGCUCUAGAUGAGUUAGGCAGGAGAAAGAAGCUAUCAGAUUAA